AUGUUCACAACCGAGCCCAAGAUAGAUACGCUCCCAGCCUCACCAUUACUCCGUCUGCCGUUCGAGAUCAGACUCAUGAUCUAUGAGUACCUACUCUUCCCGUCCACGCGCCCUUCGACCAGCAACAGCACCUCGGUCGCAAACAUAGUACCGGACUUUCACACCUACUACUCCGAAGAUACGAACAGCACUCCUUUCACGCUGAGUGUGCGCACAAUUGAUCCGUGGCUGGGUGCGCAGGGCUCGAGGACAUGGAGACGAAGGAGCACAUAUCAUAUGAGAACUGGCCCGUUCCUAACCAGCACAACGCCAACAACCUACCGCGUCUUACUCUCGCCCUACACGGCACAUCUACGCCAAAACGUCCCUUCGCUCCUGGCGUUGAAUCGGCAAAUCCACGCCGAAGCAAGUAAAGUCCUGUACGCGACGUACACGUUCUCCUUCCACACGUCCAUCGAAGCGGCAGUGCCGUUUCUCAGCGACUUGUCUCCACGGGCGCGCAGCCACGUGCGCCAUCUCAGCCUGACGAAAAAAGCACUUCCAUCUACCAAGGAGUAUGAUCGUGCGGAAUGGAGUGCCCUGUGUGCAUAUCUUGUUGGAAAUCAAGAACCCUCGGCUUGUACGGCCCCUUUUACGCUUCGCCUGCGCACGCUUCGCCUCAAUAUCAUAGCGGGCAAACCUGAUCUGGGCUGGUUCUCUGUUACCUCGCUUACGCCUACGGAUUUCUCUGCUAUGAUGACUAUGCGGAGUGAUUUAAGGGGUGGGGAUCUUGUGUGGGUAGAACAAUUAAUCGCCAUCAGGGGGUUGGAGGAAUUACAUGUUAAAGCGCUGGUAGAGCACUGUGCGCCGCCUGUGAGCAAGGAGCAGGCAUUCUGGGUUGCGUUUAGCAAGAGCGUGGAUGAGGGGGCGUUUGGGGAGUGGAUUAAGGGGGUCAUGCUACCAUCUCGGGGAUAGGGGUUGAUUUACGAGG